GAGCCAUGGCGGAUGGCGAGGAGCUGCAGAGCUUCACCUCCAUCAUGGAUGCGCUCGUCCGGAUCAGUACCAGCAUGAAGAACAUGGAGCGGGAGCUGAUCUGCCCUGUCUGCAAGGAGAUGUACAAGCAGCCGCUGGCCCUGCCCUGCAUGCACAACGUCUGCCACGUCUGUGCCAGUGAGAUCCUCGUGCAGCAUGGCUACAUCUGCUGCGACCCCAGUUCGGAGCCCACCUCGCCUGCCUCCACACCGGCCACCCGCAGCCCCCGCAUGGGCCGCAGGGUCAUCCCCAAACCCGACCGCCUGGAUCGGCUCCUCAAGUCAGGGUUUGGCACCUACCCGGGCCGGAAGCGGGGGGCCGUGCACCCCCAGACCGUCAUCUUCCCGUGCCCGGCCUGCCAGCGGGACGUGGACCUGGGUGAGCGGGGCCUGGGCAACCUGUUCCGGAACCUGACGCUGGAGCGGAUCGUGGAGCGGUACCGCCAGACCAUCAACAUCAGCACCGCCAUCAUGUGCCAGUUCUGCAAACCCCCCCAGCUGGAGGCCACCAAGGGCUGCACCGAGUGCAAGUCGAGCUUCUGCAAUGAAUGCUUCAAACUCUACCACCCCUGGGGCACCCAGAAGGCCCAGCACGAGCCCACGCCGCCCACCCUCACCUUCCGGCCCAAGGGUCUGAUGUGUCCGGAGCACAAGGAGGAGGUGACUCACUACUGCAAGACCUGCCAGCGGCUGGUGUGCCAGCUGUGCCGCGUACGCCGCGCUCACGCCAGCCACAAGGUCACGCCUGUGCUCAGCGCCUACCAGGCACUGCGGGAGAAGCUGACGAAGAGCCUCGCCUACAUCCUGAGCAGCCAGGACACGGUGCAGUUGCAGAUUGCGGAGCUGGAGGAGACGGUGAAGCACACCGAGGUGAAUGGGUCCCAGGCCAAGGAGGAGGUUUCCCAGCUGAUACGGGGCCUGUGCACGGUGCUGGAGGAGAAGCAGACGGCCCUGCUGCAGGCCAUCCAGGAGUCCCAGCAGGAGCGGCUGGCCAGCCUGCACCACCAGAUCCAGGAGCACCGGGCCAUGCUGGAGAACUCGGGCAUGGUGGGCUACGCCCAGGAGGUGCUGAAGGAGACUGACCACCCCUGCUUUGUCCAGGCAGCCAAGCAGCUACACAGCAGGAUCGUCAGGGCCACAGACUCGCUGCAGACCUUCCGGCCCACCGCCACUUCGUCCUUCAGCCGCUUCCAGCUGGACCUCAGCAGAGAGAUGAAGCUGCUCACGGACCUGUCCUUUAUCAAAGGCUAUGGCCGCUGCUGAGUCGUCACUGAAGUACCCGAG